AUGUCGGUCGAGGAAGUGAACAAGACCGCAGUAUUCAUCAUCAGUAGUCCAAAGACAAGCAUCCAUAUUAUCACAGACUGCCCCUUCAUCAUGUCAAACCCUCAGUACAUCAAAGUUCUCCGCGGAGAAGGUCCCUCGCCUGACACUCAGCAGGAGUCUGCUUCCUUCUCAGAGCAGAUGAAGAACUGGCUACGAGAGGGUCCCAAAGAUACACCGUGGAAUGGUAUUGAUUCGGUCGCUGUAUCUGCCACUCAACACAACUCUAAAGUCAACGUCGCGCCGUCUAAUGCCCCUGCUACGCAAGGCAGUAAUAAGUAG